CUUUCACUGCAGGCUGGGAACGCUCUGCAGCAGCCUUCUCCUGCUAUCCAUAAGGUUCUGUUAGCCAAGGUGGAGGAUGGGAGCAGCAUGGAACUGUCCCAGCUCCUCAAUGAGAUCAGGGCAAACUAUGAAACGCUCAUCACCCGAAGUCAGAUAGAGACGAUCCUCUCAGCAGGGACCCAGCUUGAAGCAGCCACUAGUGAAAGAAUGAGCAAAGACGAAGAAGUGCUAAAAGCAGCCAGGGCAGAGCUAAACGAAGCUAGACGCCAGUGGCAUCAGAUGCAGAUGGAAAUUGACUCUCUCCAUGCUGUGGAAAAGGGUUUGGAAAAUGCUUUGCGCAUCAAAGAACAGCAAUACCAUACCCAGCUCAAGCAUUUGGAAAAUGAAAUUGAAGGCCUGGAGAAAGAACUACAAGAAGUGCGAGAGGGCAUUGAAAAACAGCUUCAGAAACAUGAAAUAUUACUCAACACUAAGAUGAGACUUGAGCAGGAGAUAGCAACAUACCGUAGUUUGCUGGAGGAGGAGGAGAAAAGGUUUCAUCAUCCUGCACAUCAAGAAACAAAAGAUGAGAAAAAGCCUACUACCAGCCGGAUAGCAUUUAUCUUGCCUUCACCAAGUGAGCUAAAGAAGCACGAGAUUGAAAAGGUGGAAAUACUGACAAAGCAAGCAAUCUUAAAUGCAACUGUUGCAAAGGAGAGUGCAGAAGCUGAAGGCACAAUACAGACAGAAAAAGUAGAUGAAGUGAUUAAAGAAUGGGAAGGCUCUUUCUUUAAGGACAACCCUCGCUUAAGGAAAAAGUCAGUUUCUUUGCGAUUUGAUCUCCAUCUGGCAGCCACAGAUGAAGGUUGUUUACAGACUAAGCAGAACAGCCUGCCUGAUAUUGAAGUGAGACUGGUGAUGAGAAGGUCUUGCAGUAUCCCAUCCAUCAAAACUUAAGUUAGCACUCAACUAAUCCAAAGAUUACUUAUGGAUGGAUUUUAGAAAUAAAGGUUAGUAUGGACCUACAUGGACUACCAGAUUGCAUUCUGCCUGUCAAAACAAGAAGUACAUCCUAUCAAGUAAUAUACAGUACUAUAAUCCAGUGAUAUUAAUGAAGGUACGAGAGGUGGUUAAGAGGAUUACAUUCUGUGAUACAUGAUUCCUAUUUAAUUGUUAUUAUUAUAUAUCUGUUGAAGUACUUUGUGUUUUAAUUUAUUUUCCUCCAAAGAAGAAUUCUUCAAUUUUAGAAUUUUAACAAGUACUUAAGAAUAAAAAAAUGCUUUUAUUUUAUAUAAAUCAAUUUACAUACAAGUAAAUGGAUUUGCUUCAGCACAGGAUUAUGACUGAUGUAACUACCUUCAGGUAUCUGCAUCACCAUUAUAACUGACAAGACAAAUAAUUUACAUUUCUCUCCGAGCAACCAGUAAAUCCAUGCAAAAGCUUCAAGGGGGCAAGUAGGCCUCAACCCACUACUUCCAAAAAUAAUUCCACUCAAAUCCAUGAACUACUUUUUGAAACAUUCCUAAUGGUCAAAGUAAAACGUACGUAAUGUUUAUUAAAGUUGGUCAAUACAUUUGCACUAAUCCUAUACUAUGUACUAAUAUUGCUGGACUUCUUCCCAUAUUUCCAUGAUAACAUUUCUGAAAGCCAUUUUAAACCAUAACACGUAACAGCACCAAUAUUUUUGUGAAAUCUUGCCAGCUUAAUCCUAGAGGAGGCUACAGGGUAAUAACUAACAGUAGGUGCCCAGAAUUGCCUGUGGCUGCCAGCUCUUACUUUUCUAACUGCCUUUCUUUGGUGAAAACAAUCGGGGUCUUGUCCUCUGCCCCUAUCCCAAAGAAGAAGACGAGAACAUGGUCACAAAGAGAACGAUAGCUAUCCAUUACAUGAAUAAUAUAAAAUGUCCUUUUGAAUAAAUUCCUUGCUGUACUUUUACAGCAGUAGCCUUGAGUUUUAGAAAGCAAAAUAGUCCCUUUAAAUUGAAUGUCCAAAUAUUUCAGGUUGUUGUUGCUGUUUUCCUAAACAGAAAUGGCUUUCAUAUAUUUAUGCAGACUUUUCCCAUCUUGCCCACAGGCUGAGCAGCAAUGAUUGGCUUUCCAGCUUCAGUUGCAAUGUUGUCCUUAUUAUAGUAGCCAGGACAACAAUGUUUGAAGGAUAAAUUAGUCCAUGGUGUUUGUGCCUAUACUAAUUAGUUUAUCAUUGUAACUGAAAAUGGCUAAUCUACAGUCUAUCAAAUGUAUCUAAAAAGGGCUAAAUGCUGACGUCAAUAUUGCUCUAAUAGCCUAUGUGCAUAGCGCCUUUCUGAUGCUAAUCAAUCAGGGAGAAGCUACAGGGAAAAAUGUACACAUUUGUGCUUCAUCACAUCAAUUUCACUACCAUAAAUUGUGCACAUGCAACUAUGAGAAAGAACACAAUGAAUCCUAAGACUUCUUGAGGUCUCAUUUAUUGCGUGGCAAAAUAAGACCUAACCUAUAAAUACUCUUAGUAGGCUAUAAUAGACUACCCUUAUGUUUCCAAAGAUAAUUGUCUUGGUCCAGAAGCUUCGUUAUCUUCCACUUCAUUUUUCCUAGCUACCUUGCAUUAGAAACAUUUUCCAGACCAGUGUAACAUCACAGAGCCUCCAAAGCACAGCUGAGCUCAGGGUGGAAACGAGGGAAGAGCAACAUCUGAACUUUGUUAUUCCUCCCUAGGAUCUUUUUGUUACUCUAUGUUGACAACAAAUGCUCACCCAUUUAAAUUAAUGGAAAGGAUCUAUGCCAGCUUCAAGACUGGCAUAGAUCUACAGGUGUUGGGUUGGAUUUUUUUGCAUGUGGAGGGGGGCUCACAGACCUGCAGAUUUUGUGCUUCCACGGGUUCUCAUGGCACACCUACUGCCAUAUUCCUGAUACACCUCUCCACCUGCCCCCAAGAGGUCAGGGACAGCCCAGGAACAAUGAGUUCCAUGGCAAUUGAGGUGGGGCUUCCUAGGUUUACCUCUCACCCUCUGAAGACAUACUUCUCUCGCCAUCCCCAGAGAGUGGGGUUUAAUCUAAUAUCUGAGAUUACUUCCCAAGUUCUGUAGAAUUGCAUUUUCUAGCCAUGCAAAAAAUUAGAAGAACAAAGAAAUCAAGUAAUUUUUACUCCUCUUUGGUCAAAUAUGUCUCUCACAGAUUCUGUUCAAUGAAUACAAUAGUAGAUUGCUUCUUGGUAUGAGAUGCUAGAAAUCAGAGCUAUCAAUAGGCUGCUGUCCAGAGAAUCAACCAACCAGGUUCUAAUCCUGGGGCAGCUUUGGAUAUGUUUCUCAAAUAAAAGUUAUUCAAGCUGAGCAGUGUCCCCUGUGUGCAACCAAGUAAGUUUUAAAAGUUGCUGUAUGAAGGACAGUUGUACAAAGAUUAGAAGAAAAAUAAUAGCAGUUGUACAGGUGUACAUUCACCCUCAUACUACAGUAACUCCUUGGGACACUUUCUUUAUGCAAGGAGCGGGCAUAAUCUUUCAUUCUCUUAUCAGUAACUUUUCUUGAAAAGCUGAGGUCUUAUAUGAAAAGACAUAUAACAGAAACCUCCAUCCUGCAGUGUUUGUGGCAAACAUCUAAAAAAAAAUCAUAUUAUUUUCUGUCAAUGCACUGGCAUACUACUGUAUUUU